AUGUCAAAAAAACAGCCUAGUGCAAAUGUCAUAAAGUCAGCAUUAAAAGGUAGUAAUUCAGAAAUUGAAGCACCAAUAAAAACACCAAAUACAACAACUUCAUCCAUACAAUUCAGAAUUUUUGUAGGAUCAUAUGAACAUAAUUUACUAUGUCUUUCAGUGAUCUUAGAUCCUAAAAAUGAGAAAGAACCAGUAUUCCAACCAAUUUUCCAUUUCCAAGCACAUUCAUUAUCUAUAAAGACCAUAGACUUAGCCAAAAGAUACUUAGUAACAGGAUCAAAUGAUGAACAUAUCAGAAUAUAUGAUUUACAAAAAAGAAAAGAAUUAGGUACUUUAUUAAGUCAUCAAGGUACAAUUACAGCUUUAAAAUUUUCAAAAGAAAUAAAUACAACAACAGAAGAAACUCAAGAUAAUUUAAAUACUGGUAAAUGGCUUUUAUCGGGAUCAGAAGAUGGGAAAAUAAUAAUAUGGAGAACAAAAGAUUGGGAAGUAUUUGCAACUUUAAAAGGUCACACUAAAAGAAUAAAUGAUUUAAGUAUUCACCCGUCGGGAAAAGUAGCAAUAAGUGUGAGUGAAGAUCAAACUAUAAGAUUAUGGAAUCUUUUGACUGGUAAAAAAGCUUCAAUUUUAAAAAUAAAAGGAAAAGAUCAUUUAGGACAAUCUGGUCAGUUUGUUAAGUGGUCAACUGAUGGUAAACAAUUUUUAGUGGGGUUAUCGAAUCAAACAUUGAUAUAUAAUACUUCAAAUGGUAAAAUAUUUAAAAAAUUAAAAUUUAAAUCAACUAUUAUGUGCAUGGAUAUCGUAAAAUUUAAUGAUGGAAAAGAUGAUAAUAUAAAUGAAUGGUUAGGUAUUGGAUUUAGUGAUGGAUCAAUAGGAUUUUACGAUUAUCAAUCAAUAAUUUCACAAGAUAAAGAAGAAGAGGAGGAAAAAAUAUGGGAUAGUAAACCAGAAGAAGUAGAUGCAAUUUACAGAUUACAAGGACACACAAAUAGAAUAAAAGAUUUUUACUUUUUGCAGUCACAAGAAUCAACUGAAAAUAUUCCAUUAUUGGUUUCAGUAUCAUCAGAUGGUAAAAUAGUAAUAUGGAAUUUACAAUUGAGAGAUCAAGUAGCAAUUUAUGAUACUGGUGAAAGAUUAAAUUGUAUUGUAUGUGCACCUGAACAUAUUGAAAAAAUAGAUACAAUGAAAAGAAGAUUUGAAGAUACACCUUUGGAUGUUAGUGAGUCUGAAUAUGAAACAGAUGGUGAAGAAAUUUCCAAAAUUAUGAUUAAAGGUGAGAAAAAGAAGUCGAAAAAGAACAAGAAUAAGAAGAAUAAGAAAAGAAAAGUUAACGUCACAUUAGAAUAG